CGCUAGUAUAAGAGCAGCUGUGUGCGCCGGCGACGGGACAGACGCACCGCGGGAGAGGUCAGAGGUCAUGAUGUCUGCGCUCCUGCUGCUGCUGCUGCUGCUGCUGCCAUGUCAGCUCGAGGCGAAAUCCCUGAUGAAUGUCCUCCAACAGGAAGAUGGUGCUUCAGUCGGGAUCGACUCCAACAAGGCGAAUGAAUUCCUGUCCAGUUCUCGCCCGAGACGCAGUGUCGAUGCACGCUGGCACAGGCAAAGUCCAGAUUUCCAGGCGUAUUACAGAUACUACAGCAGCAUCGGACACACGGAGGGCCUGUAUGAGAUCGACAGGAUCCGCAUGCUGUACCAGCAGAUGAGGCACCUGGAGCAGGUCUACGGCCCCAACGCCUCGUACUACCAGAGCAAACUGGGGGUUCCGCUUCUGCCUCCGCUUCCCAAAUGUGACCCAGCCAAAGACAAGAGCUGCAAGCCCGCUCCGCCCCCAGCUGCUGUCAAAGCCCCCGUGACUCCGCCCAUCGCUCAGGCUGAUGUCGUCUAUCUGUGCAACAGCAAAGACCCCCAGUGCAGGCCGCACAUCGUGUACAUGCCGAGCGGAGCCGUGCCGGUGCUGUGUGACCCGCGCUAUCACCCCACCUGCAAGCUGGAAGGCCCCGCCCCCUCGCCCGUCCCCUCCAAGAAAUACGAUCUGGCCCCUCCACCAGCCCCCAUCGUCUUCAAGGGAAUGGAGUACGACUGCGACCCUUACUGGGACCCCGACUGCCUGAUCGAUCAGCCCCCGCGGCCCGUGAAGGGUAAAGCCCUGCCGCCGGUGCCGGUGCCGGAGGAUGACGAACCAGAACCAGAACCGGAGUCGCCGAAACUCCCACACAUGUAUUACGGCCGCCUUUAUCCCUACAACUACCGCUCCGAGCUCUACGACCCGCUCCGACACGCCUAGAGUCACUCACUUCACUGCUUCUUUCAUUGUGAUUGAUGUUCAGAAAGCUGAAUAAAGUAUGGAGUAAUUUUCCCUGCUGUGUUUGUCCUGAAUCCUG